UUCAUUUUGCUAAACCACCCACCCACAGUAGCCAAGAACGAUCCUGUAAUUUUAACGCUGUAAUUAGUGAAAACAGUUGUCUGGGAAGUGAAUAUGUCUUACCAACUGUACCGGAACACUACACUCGGCAACACCCUGCAGGAGAGCCUGGACGAACUGAUACAGUAUGGACAAAUCACUCCACAGCUUGCCGGGCGAGUUUUAGUCCAAUUUGAUAAAUCUAUCAACGCGGCGCUGUCGAAUCGGGUAAAGUCCCGAGUCACUUUCAAAGCAGCUAAACUCAACACCUACCGCUUCUGCGACAACGUCUGGACGCUGAUGUUAAACGAUGUCGAAUUUCGGGAAGUGCACGAGUUCGCACGGGUGGAUAAAGUCAAAAUCGUUGCUUGUGAUGGCAAAAAUGUUAGCACAGGCGAUGAACCAAGCAGAUAGUGCAAACGUAUAUAUUCUCGGUUUAAUGUUUUCCACCUUUCCGGAUUCAGUUGGAAGCCCUUCUUGCUGGAGUGUUUUCACGACUUAGUGUGUAAGAGUGCUUCUAUAGGCAUUUGAACGAAUAUUACGCAAAUACCAUUUACCGAUAAUUGUAAAUCGCUUCAAUAAAACAUUUUAAUUUGG